GGAGUUUGGUCAGUAAUGCUGUUGGAAGCAUGUGGGUCCUUGAUAUCAGCCCAGGUCAUGGACAAACAAACCAUUCAAGUGACUGAGAACAAGCCAAUUGAUCUACCCUGUACUGCGUACGUAUCGCAAAGCGGAACACCCAGGGUCGAGUGGAAGUUUGAAAAGGGCUCUUCAAUAGUGCUGUUCUACUACAAUUCAAAAUUCACAGACCCCUACAAAGACCGUGCUCAGGUCACAGCCACGGGGAUUCGUUUCACUUCGGUGACUCGGAAGGACACGGGGAAGUACAUCUGCGAGGUCCUCUGGCCUGGGAGCGGGGGCAGUUACCAACUAAGAAAGUCAGAAGUUGACCUCAUCGUUCAAGAUGGCUCUCCACCUCCUACCUGCCAAUGCUACAGGUACGACGUCCUUAUGACCUCCAGCCCCAAGAUCAACGAGAAAUUGAGGAACUCCUGCUACGCGAUCGACACCAAGACAGGAGUGCUGAUGAAUGAGCCCGUAACCAGCUUCGACACGGGGGAUUAUUUUUGCGAGGCUCAGGACAACGUUGGGACCACUCAGAAAUCGGAAGCCAUCCACUUGGACGCCAGAAACGUCAUUUCCCACAAGGACAUGAAAGUGCUGGUCGACAGCAGGAAUGCUCGGAUUAUUGACGUGCGGUUGCCGGAGGAGGUGGCGAACGGCCAUAUCACCAACUCGGUCAAUAUUCCAGUGGCAGAAGUCGAGGAAGCCCUGAAGAUGGACCCUGAGGCAUUUAAGAUGAAAUAUCGCAUGGACAAGCCACAGAUGGAUGAUGAGAACUUGAUCUUCUACUGCCAGAGGGGCAGGAGAGCGGCUCAGGCCACAGAGAUCGCCAUAACCCUCGGCUAUGCCAAGGCUCGUAACUACGAAGGCAGCUACAAGGAAUGGUCUGAGAAGGAAGGGAAGUGAAGUGGGAACGACUCCGCGAGGGCUGGUGUCUGUCCCUCCACGCCCAGCAGCUGGCUUUUCCCUGAGGAUUCUUCCUUUGCUUCCUUGCUGCAACGUCGUCCCAUUGCUGCUGAUGCCCAGUGCUGGGAUGGGAACGCUCUGGGCCCUGGGGGGCUCUUGGCUAACGCACCUGUCUGAGAAGCUGCCACUCUACUUUCUGCCUCACCUUCCAGCCCAGUGUCUCACCUGCUCCAAAUGUAGUCACUCCCCCUGCCCCCAAUAGCAGCUGGGAGGUUCAGGCACUUUAUUCGGGGUGGGGAGAUAUCUGCACCCCCCCCCAUUCACUCCAUCUCCCUCACCUCCCCUGGGAAUCUGGGACCCCAUCCAUUUGCUCUUCAGCUCUCAAGGAGGUAGAUUUGAUGGUCAUUUUGCUACCCCACCUCAUUCUCCAGCUGAAUCUGCCGCUUUCAGCUGUAGCCUGCUAUUUCUAUAACAUACUGGGUGCCUCUCAGCCACCUCUGCACAGGGGAUUUUCUCUGCAGCCACUCCUGGAAAAGAGAGCUCUCUAGCAGUUUCUUCUCAGCUCGUAUAAAUCUUUCGCCUUUUACUAAACACUUCCUCCGAUGUAGUACAUGGCUCUGAUAAGGGGUGGGACAUAUGUGAAGGAUGGAAGAAUCCCAUGCACUGCUACAGGCUGGGAACUGACUGGCUAAACAGCAGUUCUGCAGAAAAGGACCUGGGGAUUACAGUGGACGAGAAGCUGGAUAUGAGUCAGCAGUGUGCCCUUGUUGCGAAGAAGGCCGGCUGCAUUAGUAGAAGCAUUGUCAACAACUCGAGGGAAGUGAUUAUUCCCCUCUAUUUGGCACGGGUAAAGCCACACCUGGAAUAUUCGUCCAGUUUUGGUCCAUCCGUCAUCUUCUCUUCUUCCCCCUCCUCCUCCCCCGAAGGGAUGUGGACAAAUUGGAGAGAGUCCAGCGGAGGGCAACGAAAAUGAUUAGGGAGGUGGGGCACAUGACUUACGAGGAGAGGCUGAGGGAACUGGG